AUGUUCGCUAAUUUACAAUAUUUAAACUUUGGUCGGUCUUCAGUUUACGAUGAACGAUUAUUCUUUUGUAUUAUACCUUCAACUGUUUUCUCUACAAAUUUGUUAGAAUUACAUGUCUGCUUGAAAAGCUUUCAUGAUUGUCUUUAUUUACUUAAUGGACAUUUCAAUCAACUUCAGACACUUUAUAUUGAUGUGGAUUUGAUUUUUUCUUCGGAUAUAAGAAACAUCAGUAUGAAAAAGCUACCUACUUUAAAAUGCUUUUGGCUACACUCUGAUACGAUUACAUCUGCUUAUGAUGAAUUAGUUGUACCGCUUUUACAUCGAAUGCCAAAUUUAGAAAAACUUGAUUUGUACAUGAAUGUUAUUGAAAGAAAAACAUUUUUUGAUGGUAAUGAUUUGAAGAUGAAUAUUAUUAAUUAUAUGCCACAAUUAAACAAAUUCACAUUUAAUAUUUGUUCAUUAAGUAGUUUAUAUAAUGAAAUUAAUUUACCAUCAAAUGAAGAUAUUCAAAAGACAUUUAGAGAUUUUAACAAUAAAGAAAUUAUCUAUUGGGCUGAUUAUUUUCCAGAAAGAAGAAAGGGUCAUUGUCGUAUUUACUCAUAUCCAUAUAAAUGGAAAUAUUAUGAUGAUAUAACGAAUCAUUUUCCAGGUAAAAUAUUUAAAUAUGUUCGUAGCAUAUCAUUAUAUGAUGAACGCCCUUUUGAACAUGAAUUUUUCCUCCGAAUUGCUGAAUCAUUUCCAUUGAUAGAAGAAUUAUUUGUACGUAAUCAAAAACAACAAAUUAAUAAACCAAUUGAAAAAUCAAAAAAAUUAUCAAUCAUUAAAUAUCCUUCUCUUAAACAACUUUUUCUUAAUAAUACUUGCAUAGAUUACCAUGAACAAUUUUUAUUCGAUACUAAAACGUCUUUACCAUUUAACGUUCGUGUUAAUAUGCAGUAUGGACUAGUCAAACAAGUGACACACAAUUUCACAAGUAAUACAACACGAAGUAAUUGUGCGAAAAUUAAUUUCGCAAAUUUACGUAAACAAAUGAAAUUUCCUGAAUAUUCCGAUGAUUUUUCUACCGGAAAAGAACUAUUUCGUAAACAUAUAAAAGACUAUUUUCCUCAUACGCAAAUAGACUGA